AUGGAUCUGGGAGCCUCGGGAAAUUAUUCAUUUGUGACUAAAUUUGUCUUGCUGGGUCUCACAGAGACUCGGGCUCUCCAGCCCGUCCUCUUUGUCAUCUUCCUUCUGGCUUACGUAGCUACCAUUGGCGGCAAUUUCAGCAUUGUGGCUGCUAUCAUUAUUGAGCCCAAACUCCACACCCCCAUGUACUUCUUCCUGGGAAACUUGUCUGUGCUGGAUGUUGGGUGCAUCAGUGUCACUGUCCCUGCCAUGUUGACGCAUUUCAUGUCCAAUGACAGAAGCAUUUCCUACAGGGCCUGCCUCACACAGCUCUUCUUUUUCCACCUGCUGGCUGGAGCAGACUGCUUCCUGUUGACUGUCAUGGCCUAUGACCGUUACCUGGCCAUUUGCAAGCCUCUCACCUACAGCACCCAUAUGGGCUGGGGAAUCCAGAAGGCUUUGGUGGGCAUGUCCUGUGUCUUUUCUUUCAGUAAUGCACUGACUCAGGCUGUUGCCUUGUCUACUCUUCAAUUCUGCGGCCCUAAUGUGAUCAAUCACUUCUACUGUGACCUCCCCCAGCUCUUCCAGCUCUCCUGCUCCAGCACCCAACUCAAUGAGCUGCUGCUCUUUGUGGCAGCAGCCUUCAUGGGUGUAGCCCCUUUGCUCCUCAUCAUGGUGUCCUAUGCCCAUGUGGUAGCUGCUGUGCUACGUAUCCGUUCUGCCGAGGGCAGGAAGAAGGCCUUCUCCACAUGCAGCUCCCACCUCACUGUGGUGGGCAUCUUCUAUGGGACAGGCGUCUUCAGCUACAUGAGGCUGGGCUCCGUGGAGGCUUCAGACAAGGACAAGGGCAUUGGCAUCCUCAACACUGUCGUCAGCCCCAUGCUGAAUCCACUCAUCUACAGCCUCAGGAACCCCGAUGUACAGGGUGCCCUGCGCAGGGUACUCUUGAGGAGGUAG